AUGUCCGGAUCUGGCGCCAAUGGGAAGUGGGAUGCCUCCUCCGUCACCGACGGGGAUACUCUAAAGCUGAAGGAGGCCGGCUACUUCCCGACCAAUGUUGUCCAUCGGGCCCCCGAAGAGGGCCAGAUCAUCCCUACACCCGAACCAGGUGAAAGGAGACGUAUCAGGGAGCAUGAGCCCGAGGAUCCGGCCAACGUGCGACACCUCUACGGCACGACUCCUGACAAGAUAUGGGGCAAAUUAUUCCAGCCCCAAAAGGAGUGGCCGGUCGAGGGGAAGGACAUAAGCCUUGACGCCGUGAACCCCCCAAGGGAGGGCUGGCUCGCCAAGGCCAAGAAGAUCCGCGGCCCGGCGCCUCUGCCGGAAGGGCCCCGAUCGGAUCAGCUGGAAAAGCUGCUUGUCGUGGUGCCUUAUAAGGCGCCCGCCAAGAAGGGCAAGAAGAAAGAAGGGCCGGAGGCCAGGGAGGGCCUUUGUCGUAGGGUUCAUCCGGGCAAUCGGUCCGGAGAUGCUGCGGCCUCAUCCGUGCAGGAUGGGGGUGAGGAUGAGAACGAGGAGGAGAGUGCCUCCUCGCACUCCAAGAAGAGGGCGGCGUCCGAGGACGUCGAGGAGGUUCAACCAUAUCCAGCCCCGAAGAGACGGUGCCGACCCAAGCUGGUUCUGUCCGACAGUUCGGACUUCGACAAGGAGUCCGAAGUCUCCGAGAAGGUUUUGGAGAAGGAACCCAGGGUCAAGCCCCCGGCCAGCAGUCCCCCACAUGAACGCCCCGCCGAGCAGACUUUGGAGGGGGCGUCUCCGCCCGCCAAACUGGCGAACAGUGGAUCUAUGGCGCACUCCGCGCCUCCUCUGAUCCCCGGAGAGGUUGAGGAGGUGCGGUCCCAAAGGACUCCUCCUUCCCCGAACACAGAGGGGGAAGCGGACGCCGUAAUGGCCGUGGUUAACACCUGGGUCACCGAAGACCAGGAGGGAGCGUCCCUCCUGGCUGACGGAUGA